CAUUGUCAAAACAACGUACAGGACUAUGAUGCUGGGUCUGUUGGUCGCUAUCUCCGCUGUAGCGUGCUUUGAAUCAAGCUACGCAGAUGCAGUGUCCAUCACGACCGUGACGGUACCGUAUCACAAUUAUUACGUGUUGGCGGCGGACCGCCCGUGGGACCCUACCUGGGUGAACAGGGUAGAGAUUAGGUGUGAAUAUACCAUCUCACCUGCACCAGCCACUCCUCCUACUAUCACCUGGCUCAGGGGAACCUUUGCAGACCGAGAGGUGGUGUACAAGUGGAGCUCUUCAGGAGAAGUGUACGUGCAUCCCGAGUUCGCAGGCCGCGUCAGUGUGGAGUCCAGGACCCGGCCUACGCUGGUAUUGUUCAACGAAAGGACCUGGGUUGACCGAUACUGGUGCCGGGUCACGAACGAGGAGCAACCGGACGAGUUCGGCACGGACGAGGAGUCUUGCGGCUUCUGGUACGUUGGGAUUGGCUAUAACUUGCCUAAACUUCUGGCGACAGUUCACCUGGACAAAACCCCGGUCCAUGUGGAUGCUGGCGGGACAGUCCAACUCAACUGUACGGGAGUCCCAGACGGCCGUAUGGCUACCAUUUUCUGGGUCAAAGGGCCGAGCUGCACUCAAGGUGGAAGUUGUGACAGUUAUGAGACUGUGAUUCACAAGUCCUCCGGGUGGGGCGAAACGGAAACCAUUACCGUCUCCCCCAACUUCGCUGGAAGGGUUUCUCUGGCUACCAGGGGUGUGUCUAUCACCCCGACCCUGACCAUCACCGACAUUCGCCCUAGAGACGCCGGUCGGUACUGGUGCUCUAUAAACUACCCCGAUGAUCGCUACUCUUCUAGUUUUGGCCGUUGGAACCGGGGCGCUCAGUCUGUGGUCAUCCUCGUCAACGACCCAGUUACCGAGCCGACCUGUGCCGAUAAGGCGGACGGGAAAUACCAGCACCCCGCCGACUGUGCCCAGUUCUACACGUGCUCGGGCGGUCUGUCUUACGGCACCAACACCUGCCCGGCUGGACUGGUCUUCAACCAGGACCUACAGCUGUGCGACUGGGCAAACAACGUCAUCUGCCUGUAGAUGACCCUUCCA